CUCAAUUCACAGACGGACGAAGACAUCAGCCAACGGGUUCUUGCACCGUUUACAUUAGCAGCACCACAGACACACACACUCACCAAAGUACCUGAAGGGAGAGAUUUAAUUCGCCAUGGCACACACUGCUCAUUUUGUUGAAGGCACCGAGAAGCUGCUGGAGGUGUGGUUCACUCGGCCGGAUGAAACUAAAGGCUCAGGAGAUCUCUGUUAACAUCCCCAGGUAAAGUAAAUGUAAUCAGUCGAAUCUUUCUACGUAACCCUGGGCUUCACUGAAAUGGAGAUCAAGAAAGCUAGCAGGUGGAAAGGCAGUGGGACCCUUUUUGGAACUGGCGCAAACAUAUUGUGGCUUUGACGCCAUUGAGGAAGGGAAAAACCAGGGAGAUUUCACUUUAUCACCAACAUGUCAAGGAAGGAUACAAUGCAAAAUGAAAGGAUUAUUUACCAUGCAACUCAAGUAACAGGAGUCUGGACUCUUGGUCAAAGUUUAUGGGCUGAAUCUUACAAGAUAUUAUCGGAUAUCUUUUUCUCUCGCAAAAAAUUUAGAAAACCAACAAGCCAAGAUUAUGCUCAAAGGAGUUUUGAGGAAGAAGUAAAGUUCUUAAACAUAUUGUUUCCAAAUGGUGUGGUCCAUUGUAUGGGACGUGUUCAUUCUGACUGCUGGCAUUCACGGGGAGAAAUAAAGGGGUGACGUGAGGAGAAUUAUAUAUUUUGCAAUCAUGGAAAUAACGGGAAAAGGGAGGAAGGUUGGCAAGAAAAGCACAAAGUGAGCUAGAGUAAAUAAACAAAAUGUUUGCUCUGUAAGCAAAAACAAAUUGCAAAUCCACUGAGGAAAAGCAGCACAAAACAAUUGAUUUAUAAUACAAGAGAAAAGGUAAGCAAAUUUACUCACAUCUGAA